UUCAGUGUUUUGCGCGCGCGCAGUAUGUUUGCUGCCUUUCGCUUAAACCGAUGGUGGUUUAACUUUUAAGACGGUUUUGUAUUUUGUGGACGGAUUUUGUGUAUUAGUGGGUUUAUUAUUGAACUGUGGUUUAAAAUUAAAUGUAAGUUGGAUUUUAAUUUUAUGUGGUUGAAUGGGUGGUGGUGUGGUGAUUUUUUACCGUGGUGACAAUUUUUUUAUGAAUAAAGAUGGUGCUGGGGGCGAAGAAGGCGAUGCAGCAUGUGCCUAGCAAGGGCAGGAUAUCUAUUAUGAGAAUACAAAACUUUACAGUACAAAAAAGACAAUCUGUUAUCAGAGCUGUAUAUGGAUCAUUCCUAAUCGUCUUCGCGGUGGUGCUAGUGGCAGCCGACCCUGCCACCAUAGUUACAAAUUGGUAUUUGGACGUGCAAGAAGGCAAGUUAAUCUAUCGGAUGUGGAACAAGCCGACGUACGAGGUGUUUUCUGAAGUAUUCGUGUUCAACUACACUAAUGUGGACCAAUACUUGAGUGGGGACGACAACCAAUUGCAGUUGGAAGAGAUCGGGCCAUUUCUCUUUCGAGAAAUAAGAGAGAACGAAAAUAUUACAAUCGACCGGGACCGGGGGGUGAUGACGAUGAAUCCAACGCUGCGGCUGGAGUUCCUGCCCGACGAGUCGGUGGCCCACUACAAGGAUGUGCAGAUCAUGGUGCCCAACGUCGCUUUACUUGCAAUCAGCACGCUUCUCGCAGACAAUACAGGGUACUUCGUGAACGUAGGGGCAUACUACUCCAUCACAGCCUUAGGGUCCAAACUCUUCAGGAAUAUGACCGCAGGAGAAUUACUUUGGGGCUAUGAUGACCCCCUCGUCUCCCUUGCCAGUAAACUUCUGCCUGGCUGGAUUGACUUCGGGAAGAUCGGUAUUUUGGACAGAUUCUACGCGCCAAGAAAAGAAGAAGUGGAGGUAGAACUAAAGAACUUGUCGAGGAAGUUUUCCAUCAACACGUGGAACGGGCUAACUGGACUCCCGGAGCAGGGCUUCUCUGACUGGAAUACCAGUAUCCCUUGCAACCAAGUGAAAGGCACGUACGAGGCCCUGAUGCUGACUCCUGGACUGAACAAGGACCUGGAACUCCCCGUUUUCAGGAAGCAAGCCUGCAGGACGUACCCUUUCACCUUUCUUGAGGAGGUUACAGGCCCUAGUGGGUUUAAAUUUUAUAGGUAUAUGAUGGCUGAGUCUUCGUUCAACAAAACCUCACGCUACGCUUGCGAUUGCACCAAGAAUUGUCUACCGGACGGAUUUGUGGACAUCAGCAGCUGCUAUUAUGGUUUUCCCAUCACGCUAUCAAAACCUCACUUCUUAGACGUGGACCCCGUCAACCAGGGGCACUAUAGGGGCUUUUCGCCGGACCCUAUCAAGCACAGAUCUAUCCUGGAUGUGGAACCGGUAAGCGGCGUAAACCUGGCGGUGACUAGUAACAUUCAAAUAAACAUCGCAGUCCGGACUUCCGCGGGAAAUCCCAUCACGAAGCCUUUUAAAAACAAAGUCGUGCCCAUUUUGUGGUUUUCAUUGUACUGCAGAGAGGCACCUUCCGAGGUCAUCAACCUGCUAUGGCUGCGCCUGGUUCUCGCUCCACCUCUAAUCAUCACGGUUGCCGUUCUGCUCCUAGUAGUCGGCAUGAUCCUCGGCAUCCAAGGGUUUUACCGUAUCUGGAGACCAAGGUACAAACUCGUCCAAAAAGAACAAAAGACAAGAAAGAAGAGCGUAGAGAAGAGAAGGAACAGUGUCGUGCUAAAUAUGUCAGACAACGACGGCUUUGAUGAGCAAGAGUUGGCCAAAGAAGCGGUAUCCUUACUAGCUAUCACGGAAGAGGACGGAGAUGGUACAUCAGAUUUAUUGUUGAAUGCUGAUAUGGACAGAUAUACCUAACGGAUAAGUCUAUUUAAUCUGAGGAUUUCUAAAAUAAACCGGCAACAAACCAGGCGAGCAGCCUCGCGUGGAAAAUGACCGUGUGGCAAUUUUCCUGGUUUGGACGCGUCUCAUCCAAUCAGCCUUUUAUGAGCCUUUGUAUAACAAUACUAGGUUUUGCUUAAGACUUCGCCUAUGUAAUAUAAUUUAUAGCUUAACCCAUAGCAUUCAAGGGUAGCUAUAUUGUAUCAGUCAAAGAGUUUUCAGAAUCGGAGCAUUAGUUCGUGAGGUUAGACAAUUUUGUCUGUGUGUAAAAUUGGUAUAGUUUAAAAAAAUGGACAUAGUCUCGUAUCAAGAAUUUCAAUUGAUGUAGUCGAAUAUUAAAAAUGCGUAUCAAUUUUUGUGUAAUAAAUGAAAUGUGAUUGUUAUCAAUGUUAACAUGUAAAAAUCACACUGAAUCAUUCAUGUUUAUUCAAAAUAAUAAUCCUAGUUGUUAACGAUAAAUAGU